AUUCAUCAAUAUUUAUAAAAUGGGGCUGGCACCGCCCACUUAUAUGAUAUAUGCGAGUUAUGAUGUGAUAAAAAAUGGCUUACGGCUAGACACCUAAUAUUUUAGAUGUUGUAUAACUUUUGCGAAUUUUAUUUAUUUUUUUAAUUCCUAGCGAUUUGACAUAAUUAAAAGGUAUUUCUACAUUAUACACAGUUGAUAUCAAAAUAGAAAAAAAAUAAUAAUAAUUUUCAUUAAAAUAGCUUGGAAAGGAAUAAAUGUUUUACGUAAUGUUUAACGUAAAGUGAAAAUUGAAAAAUUAAUUAUUACUGUAUUGCUAACGAACAAACGUUAAAAAUGGACGAACAGUAAAGAACAAUCGACGAUCUAUCGGUUGCAAUACACAAAUCUUAAUAUUUAUAUUAAUGAAGUGCUAACGUCGGUUGGGUCAUUUUCAGGCUUUUCCCAAAAAAAUUCUAGUUCAAGUUCUUACGUAUCACCCUGUGGCGAUUUCUCAACUUGUUUCUGUCAUCAUUUAAAAACUGUGUUAUCAUUAAAUGCACCAGUUUACCAUUGUUUUUAUGGAAGUUUAAAAUAAAGCACUGUGAAAUAUGGUUGGUAGGAUUAAAUAAUUUUAAGAGUUGUCUUAAACUAAGUUUCAAAUGGCAACAAAUUGAUCUUGAAAAAAUCAAUACUAACCAACGCUGAAAGCCGCACACAUUUCCGGUCAUUCUUUCAUACAUACUAAUACAGUUUAAUUUAUUAAAAUGACUUGUUAUCGUCCGCGAGGAACCCUUGCGCGGGCCAUCUUUCAAAAAUUCCACAAUGAUCGCUCUUUGGAAGAACUGGAUACUAGGCUUUGGUAUACAACCAAUCAUGAACUACCUCCCAAAUUCCAAACCAAGUUUGUACCAUUGCUCCAGCCAGACGAAUCGACAACGCGUUGGCUAGAACGUGCCAAAGUACUAUCAACAAAUAUUUGGCUUCACAUCUGGCAUGCUGUAGCUCGCGUAGUUUUACAAUUUUUUAUGACGCAGACUGAUAUUAAUGGAUAUCUAAAUCGUGGUUCUAUGUUUAUACUAUCGGAACAACAAUUUGGAAAACUGCUUAAAUGUGGUGGUUUUGACUUCAAAUCAUAUGAUACUCUUUUACAGAUACACUGCUUAGAUAUUGGCGCCGGAGAUGGUGAAAUUACUAUACGUUUGCUAAGAUCGAUUCAGGAUUUACAUCCAAAUAGCAAAAUUCAUACAUUUGCCACAGAAACCAGUUGGACAAUGCGUGAGCGUUUAAAAAAUAGAAACUUUAGUAUUCUUGAACGGAUAAGUGAGGUACAAAAUGUCCAAUUGAUAUCAUGCUUGAACGUGCUGGACCGAUGCAUCGAUCCAAUAGAUCUUUUGGAAGAAAUUUAUAAAGCGUUAGCCCCAAACGGACGUGUUUUAUUGGCACUGGUUUUACCUUAUGUACAUUAUGUGGAAAUGAAUUCAUCCCACAUGCCACUACGUCCUCUACUAAAACAUUGGCCAGAACGUUCUCAGCAAAUGAGUUUCGAAGCAGAGGCAGUUGCAUUUUUUGAAUUACUAGAUCAAAUGGGUUUCCGUAUUGAAGCUUGGACUAAAGCACCUUAUUUAUGUGAAGGCGAUUUAAGGCAAUCAUUUUAUUGGCUAGUAGACAUUGUAGUAGUAUUGUCAAAAAAACCCUUAGGUAAUAAAGUUUAAAUAUUUAUACUAAUGAAUGUAAAAUGUAUGUAUGUUAUUUAAAUGCAUGCGACAAAUGUAAAUCUAUUGUUCUUAAAUGUGCCGGAAAGAAAAAAGGCACUAAUGCUAGUAAAUAUUUUUUGUAUUGCAGAUUUAGUUAUAUCCUAUGGUAUAUUUGUAAUCUAUUGACCUUUGUAUUUGUGGUAUUUGUGUACAAUGGUAUUACUUAUAGUUUGUAGUUUGUAAAUGUAGAUGAUUUUGCUUAGAACAAUUGUAAAUUGAAUUUAAAAACAGCAUCAAGAGUAAAUUAUAAUUUCAAAGCAUAUUUUGUUCACUUUUAUUAUGUACUUUUACUGCAUAUCAGCUUGGUAAAGUGUAAAAAAUGCCAUGUUAAACCAUGUGUUUGUACGCUUUUAAUUAUAAAAUUAACAUCUAAUUAGUAAUGCUGUGACUAACAAAGAACUCUUUGUUAGCAUCAAGACGAUAUGUUUGGGUAAUCCAUCUGCUAAACAACCCUGUCACGGAUAUAAACGAGUUUGUUCUGGUAGCAUAGGUGAAUCGUUGUUGGGAAAGCGGGGUUUUCGUCUGAAUUUUUUAUAUGGAUUUGUUAUUGUUGAUGCAACCGCAUAUAAAUCACGAAAUUUUGUCUAAAAAACGGUCCUUACAAAUAUGUUUUUUUUUUCUGUUACGUCGCACUGUGCGUAAUUUGGCGAUCAAGGGGAAGGAAUAUCAAAAAUCGAAGUUGGUAAAAAAAAGUUCAGGUACGAUAUAUGUGCGUAUGGAUGUCUGAUAUAAUAGAAAAUCGGUCCCCAGUUGUUCGAAAAUAAGGUAGAAGAAUGUUGAUCUUGUACAAACAUGCCUGUUUUGACGAACGAUAAUCGUCAAUUGUCCGGCCUUUAUCAAUCAGUGGUCGUAUUUGUCUCAUUUCCUUACGAGAUUACAGUCUGAGUAUACUUUUCGUUUUACACAUUGUA